AUGGAAGCUAAAGACGAUACAAAACCUACAAAAAACAUCGACGAAACUCUUGUGAUUCAACAUGACUGGCAUAUUGGUCUCAGGGAACCAACUUCAGAAUUUUACAUCGGUGUCAAGCCAUCAGGUGCUACUCAAACAGAAUAUUUCGAUGUGAAAAUCACAAAACUUGUCGAUGAGUAUGGAUUCGCUGUGAUGCCAGGAGUAGGAACAAUCAAAUCAUCAAGCAUCACAAAUGUUUCACUGGAUGAGUCUAAGAAUCUUCACAUCACAUUCCAAGGAAAAACAACCAUUUUCGUAGCUCCCUCCAGCCAACAAAAAGUGGAAGGCUUGAAGUCAGCACCGAGAACUUUCGACGUUUCGUCUACCGGAAGCACUUAUACAACAGCCGAUUUGAGUGGAAACUUUGUGAUUGCUAGCGCCAAACAUGCAGAAACAUUGAGAGUUCUCGAAGGCCACAUCAUGGAUGUCUACCGUUGCAUGUAUUUCCCAUCGGGACUCAUCAUUCUCAGCGGCGGGAUAGAUAUGACUGUCCGAAUCUGGGCAGUGGACACGGGAUCAUGUGCUGUAACUCUGAAAGGUCACAAAGGAGCAAUCACAGGUAUCGGAAUUAUCGGAGCUGGACGCGACGUUCUUUCGUGUUCAAAUGAUGGGACAGCGAGAAUGUGGAAGUGUGGAGAAGAGAGAACUCUGGAGAUUUGGGAUUUCAAAAGAGGAAAAUGUGUGGAUCUGGCUGUCUCGGUGGAUAGCUCUCGAUUCGCAGUAAUUUGUGAGGAUAAAUUUCUAUCGGUUGUGAAUUUACACGGAGAGAAGAUUCGCCACGACUUCCAAUUGCCUUCUACACCCACAGCGCUAUGCUUCUCUGGUGAUGAAGCUGGAGAUGUAGUGUUCGUUGGUUUCGAAGAUGGACACGUUGGAGCAUACGAUGUGUCUCGAGAACGGCUUAUUGGAGAGAUUGCCACACAAAAAGGAAGCGUGACGAAUAUAAAAUGUUACUGUAAUCGUCUUAUCGUCGCUUUCACAAGUGGUGGAGUUCUCGGUUAUCCAAUCCCAUCGCUUCCAACGAAUUCUUCAGAAGGCACUCCAUUUAAUAUCAUUUCUGCAGAAUAUGAAUUCACCGGUGCUGAUUGUGAACCGGUUUAUGACAUGGCUAUUUAUAAGGAGAAAUUCUACACUUGUUGUAGAGACGGACUAGUUCGAAUGUAUAAAAUGCCCUAA